CGACAGGCAAAGAAGGAAAAAAAAAAAAGGAAAAAGAGAAAGGAAAAUGAAGAAGAGCAUUGCUGAUUCCUCCUUCCCAUCUUAGAAAAACCAAACCCUUCUCCCUCUUCGAUAUUUUCUGAGUAUUUCAUUUUCUUCUUCACAUUCCGCUAAACCGCCGCUUUUUAGAUCUUUCGCUUAAGAUCCAAACAAGGUGAUCGAAGAAUGGAGAACUUGGCGCAGUUAGAAGCGUUAUGCGAAAGGCUAUACAAUUCGCAGGACUCGGCGGAGAGAGCUCAUGCCGAGAACACUUUGAAAUGCUUUUCUGUUAACACUGAUUACAUUUCGCAAUGCCAAUACAUUCUUGAAAAUGCUUUGACUCCUUACGCUUUGAUGCUUGCUAGUUCAAGUCUUUUGAAACAAGUCACUGAUCAUAGCCUUGCUCUGCCGCUUCGUAUCGAUAUCUGGACUUAUCUUUUUAACUAUUUGGCGACGAGAGGACCGAAGUUGGAACAGUUUGUUACUGCAUCUUUGAUUCAAUUGUUAAGCCGGGUGACUAAGUUUGGAUGGUUUGAUGAUGAAAGAUUCCGUGACGUGGUUAAAGAGUCCACCAACUUCUUGAGUCAGGGAACUUCAGAACAUUAUGCCAUCGGUUUGAAGAUACUAAAUCAACUUGUCUCUGAGAUGAACCAGCCUAAUCCUGGGUUGCCAUCAACACAUCAUCGAAGGGUAGCUUGUUCCUUCAGGGAUCAGUCACUUUUUCAAAUAUUCCAAAUAUCUUUAACAUCACUGCGUCAUCUGAAAAAUGAUGUUGCAAGUCGAUUGCAAGAGCUGGCACUUUCUCUUGCACUGAAAUGUUUAUCCUUUGAUUUUGUUGGGACAUCAAUUGAUGAAAGUUCAGAAGAGUUUGGUACAGUUCAGAUUCCAUCAUCUUGGAGGCCAGUAUUGGAGGAUUCUUCAACACUUCAGAUAUUUUUUGAUUAUUAUUCCAUUACUAAAGCUCCUCUUUCAAAGGAGGCACUGGAAUGCUUGGUAAGACUAGCAUCUGUAAGACGUUCUUUAUUUGCAAAUGAGGCAGCCCGUUCCAAGUUUUUGGCCCAUCUAAUGACAGGAACCAAAGAAAUUCUCCAAUCAGGACAAGGUCUUGCUGAUCAUGAUAAUUACCAUGAGUACUGUCGCCUUCUUGGACGUUUUAGGGUGAAUUAUCAGUUGUCAGAGCUAGUGAAUGUGGAGGGCUAUAGUGAUUGGAUACGAUUGGUUGCUGAGUUCACUUUGAAGUCUUUGCAAUCCUGGCAGUGGGCCAGUAGCAGUGUAUACUACCUAUUAGGGCUAUGGUCCAGAUUGGUGUCAUCUGUUCCAUAUCUGAAGGGUGAUGCUCCAAGUUUGCUGGAUGAAUUUGUUCCUAAGAUCACCGAGAGUUUUCUCACAUCAAGAUUCAACUCCGUGCAGGCUGGAUUCCCCGAUGAUCUUUCUGAGAAUCCAUUGGAUAAUGUUGAACUGCUUCAGGAUCAGCUGGAUUGCUUUCCUUACCUUUGCAGAUUCCAGUAUGAAAGCAGUGGCUUGUAUAUAAUAAACAUGAUGGAGCCUAUUCUGCAGUCAUACACGGAAAGAGCAAGAUUGCAGACCUGUGAUAAAAAUGAACUCUCUGUUAUUGAAGCUAAACUCACUUGGAUUGUUCAUAUUAUUGCUGCCAUUCUUAAGAUAAAACAAUGUACUGGUUGUAGUAUGGAGUCACAAGAAGUGCUUGAUGCAGAACUCUCAGCUCGCGUUCUGCAGUUAAUAAAUGUCACUGAUAGUGGAUUACACAGUCAGAGGUAUGGUGAGUUAAGUAAACAAAGACUUGAUCGAGCAAUUCUUACCUUCUUUCAGCAUUUUCGCAAGUCUUAUGUCGGUGAUCAAGCAAUGCAUUCAUCUAAGCAGUUAUAUGCUCGUUUAUCUGAGCUGCUUGGACUCCAUGAUCACCUAUUACUGUUAAAUGUGAUUGUUGGGAAGAUAGCUACAAAUCUAAAGUGCUACACAGAGAGUGAGGAAGUCAUUGAUCAUACUCUAAGUUUAUUCUUGGAGCUGGCAUCUGGAUACAUGACUGGAAAGUUGCUUCUGAAGCUGGAGACUGUUAAAUUUAUAAUUGCAAAUCAUACUAGAGAGCAUUUUCCUUUCCUAGAAGAAUAUAGAUGCUCCCGUAGCAGGACAACUUUCUAUUACACCAUUGGUUGGUUGAUAUUCAUGGAGGAUAGCCCUGUGAAAUUCAAGUCUUCAAUGGAACCUCUUUUGCAAGUCUUUCUCAGUCUGGAGUCAACACCUGAUUCGGUAUUUCGUACUGAUGCAGUUAAGUAUGCUUUAAUUGGAUUAAUGAGGGAUCUUAGAGGUAUUGCGAUGGCCACAAACAGUCGUAGAACAUAUGGUCUUCUAUUUGAUUGGCUAUAUCCUGCGCACAUGCCACUUAUCUUGAAAGGCAUUACUCACUGGACUGACACACCAGAGGUUACCACCCCAUUGUUAAAAUUCAUGGCUGAGUUUGUCUUGAACAAAGCACAACGCUUGACUUUUGACUCAUCGUCUCCUAAUGGGAUUCUUCUUUUCCGUGAAGUCAGUAAACUACUUGUAGCAUAUGGGACAAGGAUAUUAUCUUUGCCUAAUCCGGCUGAUAUAUAUGCCUUCAAGUACAAGGGAAUAUGGAUUUCACUAACUAUUCUAGCAAGAGCUCUUGCUGGAAACUAUGUAAACUUUGGUGUGUUUGAACUCUACGGUGAUAGAGCACUCUCUGAUGCGCUUGAUGUUGCGCUAAAGAUGACAUUGUCAAUUCCGUUGGCUGAUAUAUUAGCAUUUCGAAAGCUAACGAGGGCCUAUUUCUCAUUCUUAGAGGUUCUAUUCAACAGCCACAUUAGUUUUAUAUUGAAUUUGGAUGCUGCAACGUUUAUGCAUAUUGUUGGUUCCCUUGAAUCUGGUCUAAAAGGCCUGGAUACAAAUAUCUCAUCACAGUGUGCAUCUGCUGUUGAUAAUUUGGCUGCUUUCUACUUCAACAACAUCACUAUGGGGGAGGCACCCACUUCACCAGCUGCUGUCAAACUUGCCCAGCAUAUUGCAGACUGUCCUAGUUUGUUUCCACAAAUAUUAAAGACCCUAUUCGAGAUAGUUUUAUUUGAGGAUUGUGGCAACCAAUGGAGUCUUAGCAGGCCUAUGUUGAGCUUAGUUCUUAUCAGUGAGCAGAUAUUUGCUGAUCUGAAAGCUCAAAUUUUGGGUUCACAGCCCGUGGAUCAACAUCAGAGGCUAUCCAUUUGUUUUGACAAACUUAUGACAGAUGUUACUCGAAGCUUAGAUUCAAAGAACAGAGACAAGUUCACCCAGAAUCUAACCGUAUUCAGACAUGAAUUUCGUGUGAAGUAGCUCAAAUAAUGUGCAUUCAUUACAUUUUUGAGCAACUUUUUUCCUGCAAAAGAUGUGCAUCUGGUGAAACUCUUGGCUUGUCAUCAUGGAUAGUUUGAAAGUGGGAGCCAAGCAUCUUUUUGCUGCAGUGUGUUGGUUUUUUUUUGCCUGAACUAAAAAGAGCAGAUUCUUUCUGAAGUCGGUGCAAAAGUUCUGUGUGAAACAGUUACGAUGGUAUUGUAUAGUUUCCUAUACCAGAAGCAUUUUGGAAUGUUACAAAGGAUUGCCAAGGUGCAUAAAGCUUGUAGCAAGUCUGACGUAUGGUUGGGUAAUGGCGAUUUUCAUUUAGUAGAUCAAUUCUUUUAUAGCAUAUAUUGUAAAUCGUGGGGGUUUAUGUUUCAGAGAUGGAUCAUAUUUGCGGUACCCCAAAAAAGAGGUGAGGAAAGGAAAAUAACUCUAGUACUAGUAUGAAGUUUGAUGUUCUUUGUACAUUAACAUCCACAUUCUUUUGUCCUUUUUGAUAGCAUAAAGAAGGAAAGCAAAAUUGGGUUAAGUUUGGAAGUGUUUUUUUCUGGUUGGGUUGUGGUAGCCCUGAACCAUUUUUGCAGCAUAUCUCAGUUUGUAUGCACAUUAUUCACCUGCAAUGUGAUAUUUUAUGCUUGGCUGUUGGAGCAGAAUGGAAAGGGAAUUUCCCCCGACAGCAUGGGGCAAA